AGCUCCGCCCCCUGCGCGCCGCCUAGCUUGCGGACCAGAGCAGGAGGCGGCAGCCAACCUCGUCGCUGAAUGGGCGGGUGGCGUCCCGCUCUGUCCCGCCCGCCGCCGGCCCCCCAUCGGCUGCUCCCGCCGCGCCCCGGUCUCCGCCCGCAGCCGCCUGAGCCCGCCGGGCUGUGAAUGAAAGGCAGGAGCGGCCAGGACUAGCAGCCAGCGACGCGGCUACGCCGGCCUCCCCAGAGGCGCGCUCCCCGCGGAGAUGUACGGUGUGUGUGGCUGCUGCGGUGCCCUUCGUCCCAGGUACAAGAGGCUGGUGGACAAUAUCUUCCCUGAAGAUCCUGAGGAUGGUCUGGUGAAGACCAACAUGGAGAAACUGACCUUCUAUGCCCUCUCAGCGCCUGAAAAACUGGAUCGAAUUGGUGCCUACCUCUCAGAGAGGCUCAUCCGAGAUGUGGGUCGCCAUCGAUAUGGAUUCUGCCCCAGCCAGGUGUGUUGUGGGAGUGGAAGCCCGGGUGCAGCCAUGUGCCUCUGUCCUCAGGUACGUGUGUAUUGCCAUGGAGGCGCUGGACCAGCUGCUCAUGGCCUGCCACUGCCAGAGUAUCAACCUCUUCGUGGAAAGCUUCCUCAAAAUGGUGGCCAAGCUGCUGGAGUCGGAGAAGCCGAACCUGCAGAUCCUUGGCACCAACUCGUUUGUGAAGUUCGCCAACAUUGAAGAGGACACCCCCUCCUAUCAUCGAAGCUAUGACUUCUUUGUGUCCCGAUUCAGUGAAAUGUGCCACUCAAGCCACGAUGACCUGGAAAUCAAGACUAAGAUCCGCAUGUCAGGCAUCAAAGGCCUGCAAGGGGUAGUGAGGAAGACAGUGAAUGACGAGCUGCAGGCCAACAUCUGGGACCCACAGCACAUGGACAAGAUCGUCCCGUCGCUGCUUUUCAAUCUGCAGCACGUGGAAGAGGCAGAGAGCCGGUCUCCCUCGCCCCUCCAAGCACCAGAGAAGGAAAAGGAGAACCCAGCAGAACUGGCUGAGAGGUGCCUGAGGGAGCUCCUGGGCCGGGCGGCCUUCGGCAAUAUCAAGAACGCCAUCAAGCCCGUUCUUAUCCACCUGGAUAACCACUCUCUUUGGGAACCCAAAGUGUUUGCCACCCGUUGCUUUAAAAUCAUCAUGUACUCAAUUCAGCCGCAGCACUCCCACCUGGUUAUCCAGCAGCUCCUGAGCCACCUGGACGCCAACAGCCGCAGCGCGGCGACUGUGCGCGCCGGCAUCGUGGAAGUCCUAUCGGAAGCUGCAAUUAUCGCUGCCACGGGCUCUGUCGGGCCCACGGUACUGGAGAUGUUCAACACCCUGCUGCGGCAGCUGCGGCUCAGCAUCGACUACGCGCUAACUGGGAGCUACGACGGCGCUGUGAGCCUGGGCUCCAAGAUCAUCAAGGAGCAUGAGGAGUGCAUGUUCCAGGAGGCCGUCAUCAAAACUAUCGGCUCCUUUGCCAGCACACUGCCGACCUACCAGCGCUCAGAGGUGAUCCUCUUCAUCAUGAGCAAAGUCCCGCUGCCUUCUGUGCAUCACCCCGUAGAGACCGGACGGACGGGGGAGAAUAGGAACCGGCUGACCCAGAUCAUGUUGCUGAAGUCCCUCCUUCAGGUAUCCACAGGUUUCCAGUGCAACAACAUGAUGUCGGCCCUGCCCAGCAACUUCCUGGACCGCCUUCUCUCCACUGCCCUCAUGGAGGACGCAGAAAUCCGCCUCUUCGUCCUAGAGAUCCUCAUCAGUUUCAUUGAUCGCCAUGGCAACCGCCACAAAUUCUCUACCAUCAGCACCCUUGGUGACAUCUCGGUCCUGAAGUUGAAAGUGGACAAGUGCUCCCGGCAGGACACUGUCUUCAUGAAGAAGCACUCCCAGCAGCUAUACAGGCACAUCUACCUGAGCUGUAAGGAGGAGACGAACAUCCAGAAACACUAUGAGGCACUCUAUGGCCUGCUGGCCCUCAUAAGCAUUGAGCUGGCCAACGAGGAGGUGGUGGUGGACCUCAUCCGACUGGUGCUGGCUGUUCAGGAUGUGGCUCAGGUCAACGAAGAGAAUCUGCCUACCUAUAACCGCUGUGCGCUCUAUGCUCUGGGCGCAGCCUACCUGAACCUCAUCAGCCAGCUCACAACAGUGCCUGCUUUCUGCCAGCACAUCCACGAGGUGAUAGAGACCAGAAAGAAAGAGGCACCAUACAUGCUUCCUGAGGACGUGUUUGUGGAAAAGCCCAGGUUGUCUCAGAAUCUAGAUGGUGUGGUGAUCGAGUUUCUCUUCCGCCAGAGCAAAAUCAGUGAGGUCCUGGGAGGCAGCGGCUACAAUUCAGACAGGCUCUGCCUGCCGUACAUCCCUCAGCUGACAGAUGAAGAUCGCUUGUCCAAGAGGAAGAGCAUUGGAGAGACCAUUUCCCUUCAGGUAGAGGUGGAAUCCAGGAACAGCCCAGAAAAAGAGGAGCGAGUUCCUGCAGAAGAGAUCACCUAUGAGACACUGAAGAAGGCCAUUGUGGACAGUGUGGCGGUUGAGGAGCAGGAGCGUGAGCGGCAGAGACAGGUGGUAGAGAAGUUCCAGAAAGCGCCCUUUGAGGAAAUUGCAGCUCACUGUGGGGCCCGGGCAUCACUGCUGCAGAGUAAACUCAACCAGAUCUUUGAAAUCACCAUCCGGCCCCCUCCAAGCCCUUCAGGAACCAUCAGCGCAGCCUACGGCCAGCCGCAAAACCACUCCAUCCCUGUCUAUGAGAUGAAGUUUCCUGAUCUGUGUGUAUACUGAACUCCAGGAGACAGAGCUCCUUAGAGGACACAGUCUGCAAGAGGACCACCCCCCUGCUCACUCUCACCUUGGAAAUCUAGCUGGGAUGGCUAAGAACUUGUCACCUUGGACAGUGAGCAAAAGGUCCUCUCUGGUCCUCUGUGGUCCUCCUUCCUCCUUGUCGUCUUCCGUGAGAAGAGUCCAGCCACCUCUCCUCUGGGCUAAUAAGCAUCUGACCUGUCUUCUCUUGUAUCAGCCAGGGACAGAGAAUCACAAGGACAUCUCCAUUGAGAAGCAGAAGGGCCUGGGAAGCCUCCAUUGGGGAUGUGUCUAUGAGGGAGUGUCAGCCACUCCCAAAGAAAGGAGCCUGAUAUCCACAUGGUUGGUCAAAGGAGGGCAGAGGUGGCACCUGGGGAAAUGACCCUGUGAAAGCUCAGAAGUGAUGUCUGCUCUCGCCUCUUAAGUCUUGGUUGUCUUACCCAGCAUCCCGCCUACUCUCUAGUUGUCUGCAUUUCUUUUUCUACUAUUAAUCAAUGCUGAGGACUUACAGCCAGAGCUGGGGACAGACACUGGAGCCAGCAAGGCUAGCAGAAGAGCUGGGGAUGGAGAGGGGCUGGGUCUCCCAGACUGGGUGGCAGCUUCAGCAAAGCACGAGUGUGGUGAGUCUGUGUCCUGGCUGCGUAGCAUCUUCCCACAUCUCUGUCCAGAGGAAGCUUGGGGUGGGUCUUCUCUGGUUCUCUCUCUUCUGGAUGUUUCCUAGUUGUUAAGUUUGGUCCCUGAUGUCUUUGUUUCCACAGCCUCUGGGAUGAGAGAAAGCUGAGCAAGCUAGCUGGUUCUAGGUGGCUGGAGAGGGGGGGAGGAAGUGCCAGGGCCCUGAGGCCUGUCUGCAUCACUUCCUCUGGAAGAUGCUCCCAGCAGUAGUGAGGGCUUGAGAGAGAGGCAGGCAGUUGAGCAAGUGGCACUUUAGAAUUUGGGGAAAGAAAGAUUUAACAACUAGGAUUGAAAAAAUAUUUUCCCUCUUUGGGCUAAGUCUGAGACACUGGGGAUAAUUGGCCUUGCUUGUAGCCUGGGUAGAGGUGUUAGGAAUCACUUUGGCUUCCAUUUUCCCUAUGUGCUACCUCCCUGUCCCUAUGUGACUUGGUGUGCUGGGAGCAGCUGACCCAGGACUGGGUGGGUGCAAACAAGGCCACUUGCAGUUAUCUUGGUUUGGCCCUUUCCUGAUGUCCCUCGUGGUGUCUCCGUGCCUCUCAGAAUGCCUAGCAGUGGGCAUACUCCACGGUCCAAGAUAGUCCAUCUUUUCCCUUUCAAACUUCCCAUACGUUUUCCAAGCUGUUUUUCUCUCAGGACCAACAUUGCUCCAGAGAUUUUUGGUUUGGUUUGGUUUGGUUUGGUUUUUUUCGAGACAGGGUUUCUCUGUGUAGCCCUGGCUGUCCUGGAACUCACUUCGUAGACCAGGCUGGCCUUGAACUCAGAAAUCCACCUGCCUCUGCCUCCCAAGUGCUAGGAUUAAAGGCAGAGAUUUUGCUUCUUGUAAAGGGGAAGUGGUUCUGUGGUCUGCAGGAAUCAUUUCUAAGGUAUGGUUGUAGGCAGUGUGGCCUGGGGUCAUAAAGGAGAAGUUGAGCUCCUCGGGACCCUGCAUAGUGACAGCCUGCUCACUAGGACAGGUGGCAACAUUUUCCAGAAUUAGGAGAACUUGAGCACAUGUACUUUUCGUUGCAUAUGUGAUAAAUAUCACAGAUGGGGCACUCCUGACCCUUUCCCCAGAGUUUCCCAUUUGUAAUACAACUCUUUCCCAUGUUCUCUGCACUGAGCUACGGGCUCACGGCUCCAGCAUGGCCUGCAUGAUCUCAGGUCCCUGAGGACAACACCCCAACACCACUCACAUGGCUUUGGAGCUGUGUGGCUACUGCUCAACCCAAGUUUAUAAGCAUGGCCUUGAAGGCAAGUUUAAGCAUGAAGGCAAGUAACCUUUUAGAAACUAAGAAAAUUUAAGCCUUGUGCUAAAAACUGUCUUUUUUCACUUGCCGGCCACAUCCUCUAUCCUCUGCUUAGCUAGAGUAAGAGUCCAUUAGUUUCUUUAUUGUUCCCCACUGAUGUCAUUGUCCACCCCUGAGACACCUUAACCCUAGUUGUGGAUUGGGAGAGACACUUCCUUGGAGUCUUUUGAGAGCCAGCAUCAGAACCAGAUGCCUCCAGGCCCACACAGAUAUGUCUGUCUCUCACCUUGCCCUGGGAACAGAAGAAAGGCACAGCGUUCAUGUCUGCAGAAUCAAUGGCUGCUCGGUCUAAGUAUUUCUUUUUCUUCAUGCCGUGGCUGUGUAGUAGGGACAUGCUGCUUUUAGAGAACUGGUCACUUGUGUGCCCUCUUCUUGGUAGAAUUGAUUUAAAUUUACAUCCAGUAGGAUACUGGGUUGCCUGUUGACAGGAAAUGGAAUCUGAUCGUGACCAAGUAUGCCUCAGAGUCAGGAAGUCUAGAUGGUGGGUGCAGGAGGAUCUGUCCCUCCAUCACAAGGCAGGGAAAAGAAGCACAGCGAGUGGAGGCCGGGGAGCAGCCCAGUGCCCAUGCUUUUCUAGCCCCUGGUGUCUGAUCGCACUGUCUCAAAUUCUGUUCUCUUUCCCUAUUGUAAACCAGAAUCCAAAGGAGCCAACAAACCUAUUAAGGCCAAGCAGUCCCUACCCCACCCCCAUGAUCAAAGCACCCAGGGCUCUGGCCUAGAGAGUGACAUCCUACUGACAGAAUGUAGCAGGUGGGAGUGUGUUUAGGGUUAGGAGUUAACGUGGUUGACCAUAAAAGUGUAAACAGUAGAUUAAGAGAAAAUGCCUGAUCCAGAAGCAGCUGCUGUUUUCCUAUGCUGAGUCAGUUUCUUGUUUUCUCUUGACUAAAAUAGAUGGUUUCAUGACUCCUAAGUGGCCUCAUCAGAAAACCUAGAAAUGCCCCCUCUGGCUCCCACCUUCACGCAAAGCCGGAGAACGUAGGCUGGGACCAAGGACCCUGGUCAGAGCAGCCAUAUCCCAUAUGCUGCCUGUGCGUAUGGGAUAUGUUACUGGUCUUGGUCCACACGAUGCAGUUCAGCUGAAGUAGGAUUGGAAAAGCCUUAAGACUCUUGACUUCCUGAAAAGAAGCCCCAGACUUCUUGAGGGUCCCUGGGUCGUGGUGCCUUCCAGUUGUCCUUUUGGUGUCAUAGACCUGCCAACCUGCUACAGAGAAAGCUGCUAAGCCCUGUGGCUUAGCUGUGUUUGGGGCCUGGGGGAAAGGCAAGGUCUAAGCUGUGGGUCUGAACUUUGUGUUUAAAAGUAGAUUUGGAGGUCGGGAAGGGGUCUGCUUUUUUUGACCUUCUCCAGCAAGCAGAUUGCACCAAAGCAAGAAUUCUGUCCUCGGAAUCUGGGAAUAAAAUUUAGGGGAAACAGUCUGGUUUCUAUGACCCUAUAAAGCUGGGUCUUGUCUAAAGACUGCAGAGGGAAAUCAUGGGAGGCCCUGAUCGUGAUUCUGGGCACCAGCCUGGCUCCUCAGGGAGCACGGAGAUCUUCUGAGCCCAGCACUUGCCCUUUCUGAACUCUUAAUGACUGGAGUCUGGCACAUGGAGUAUAAAAGUGCACACCCAUAGAUGCUGCAGCCCAUCAUCUCAGUGUGUCCGAGUUUUUGAGACCUUCAUGCCUGGCUGAGUGUGUGUAUGUGUCAAUGUCCGUGCAUGUGUGUGAUGUAGUUUAUAGUUGCCAACAUUGUAUAUAUAAUAGCUGACAUAUUUAUAUGUGAGUACAGAAUUGGCACCUGUGGCAGUCUUCUAUGUUUUAAACUUGUUGAAUCAACUUAGUUUUCCUUCCAGGGAAGGGGGUAUUCUGAAGUCAUUUUUUAGAACUAUUAGCUGUGGUUGGUGCCCUUUUCAAAUAAAUGUUAAUGUUGUCACCAUA